AUGUCUCCCCUGAGAGAUGAGGAGCUGGGUAAGAAGAACGAUGACCAUCAAUCCAUAGUAGGCUCACAACACUCUCGGCCUAUGAGAAGUUGCCACAGAAUGCUUAGGCUGCGACGAUUUAUCCUCGCAUUGAUUGCCCUCGUGGCUAUCUUUGAAUUCUUCAAGCACAUGCCGACUGACUUGAAACCUGCCCGCGAGCGAUAUUACCCUACAACAGGAGGGCGCUUCCCACAAUCUUCCCCUCCACCACCACCAAGCUCGGUCCAGCCUCCUGUGGCCCCCCAGAUCGAAGUUCUGCUGCAACCGGAGACGCAAAGCUCUGAAUCUCAAGAUGGAUCAGCGUAUGACGGGAAAAUCAAGCUUUACGAGUUGGCCAACUCGCUCCCAAGUACAAAGCACCCGGACAAUGAGGCCAGUCAUACUGUGUUGUUUGCAGGAUCCAAUUUGCAGAGUGUUGCGGAUAUGUUGCCUUUGGCCUGUCUAAUGGCACGGAAAAAGCUGAAUACCGUUCACUUUGCUAUCUUGGGAAAGGAUGAAAUUUCGGUUGAAGGGAUUAAACUAGUGAACGGUAUCAUGGAUUCCGAGUGCCCUAUGGUAUGGCAUGACAGCCGACCGAAUUAUGCAGCCCAGUCUACUGAUUCGCGAAUGGAGAAAUCUGUUGCCGGGGGCCUUCGGUUUAUUCGAACCUACGUCGCCCCAGAAGUCAUUAUAACUAAAGGGAAGGAUUUGGAGGACUCUUUCUUUUGGAAAGGCCUUGAAAACCAUAUUCUGGAGGCUCACGCUUCUCACAUUUCUCUUCCUCCUACUUCAAGAGACAUAAUGUGGCUAGCCUCUAUAGAUAGCAGUGCUCUCAAGGACUGGAAUCGCAUAAACGUUGACAUAGUAGUCCAUGCAUCCCAGUCGUCGGGAUCACUUGCCAGGCUUAUCCGUUCAUUGGAUGCUGCAGAUUAUUUGGGGUCUACUCCGAAACUAACCAUCGAGCUUCCACCUGGAGUAGAUCCUCAGACACUCGACUACCUGAAGCGUUUGGAUGGGAUCUCUCAACUCAGAGAUAAAAUCACGCUCCGACGCCGUAUUCAGCCAGAGUUCAUGGACUCGGUUGAAUCGUCUCUCCAAACAGUCGAGUCUUUCUACCCCCUUGACCCGAAGACUUCCCAUCUGCUCAUGUUAUCCCCACACACGGAGGUAGCACCGGCUUUUUAUCAUUAUCUCAAGUAUACUAUUUUAACUUACAAGCAUUCCGCUCACAACCCAGAGAUGACAUCCAAACUGUUUGGGAUAUCCCUGGAACUUCCAUCGGUGAAGCCCGGCGUCAAAGACGAGACUUUCUUCCCACCCUCCAUGGAUACUAAAGAAGGAGCAUUGCAGCAGGAAUUCAUUCCAACAUUUCUCUGGCAAGCGCCAGCUAGUGACGCAGUGCUGUAUUUUGGAGAUAAAUGGGUCGAAUUCCAUGAGUUUCUCUCAAAUCGUCUCGAUGCCUCCAAGACCAACGGAAACAUCCGUUCGCAAGACAAGCUAGUCUCGCAACGGUAUCCAGCUUUCAUGGAGUAUGUGCUGGAACUCAUGCGUGCUAAGGGAUACUAUAUGGCGUAUCCCUCCUUCUCUGGAAUCAAGGCCUCGUCACUCGUGACGGUUCACAAUGACUUGUAUGAAUCUCCGGAUGAAUUCAUAAGUGAUGAAAAUGCUGAACCCGAGAUUGAAAUGGUGGCCCCGGAAAAGUCAUUCAAUUCAGGAUCGACCAUUUCGACCCUUUUCAACAGUUUUGAAGGUGGCCUUCCAAAUAUCGAAACCCUACCUCUGGUGUCAUUUGAUGGAAAAGAGAUGACCGCAGAGAAUCUUAUGGAACAGACUAAAGUGUAUUUGCAAAAAUUUCGGACACAGCAUGGAGGUUGUCCUAAUGACCGGGACGAGAUGGAAAGUCCUUCUGAUGCUUUGUUUUGCAUUUAA